ACAAAACCAGGCAACUCUUCAAAACGUACGUUAGGAGCCCAUUAGAAAAUGGAAAUUGAGCCGGAUCAGUCUAUGGAAGCAAUGGACAUACAAGAAAUUGAAUCUUUACCCGGUGCUGAGCUGCAUCAACAGCACCUUAAUAAACUGCACUUGCCACCCACGGCCGGACAGCUGCCAAAUGAAAAUGGGAAUGUUCCGCCACAACAAUUAUUAGCCGAUUCCGGUUCACCCUAUGCCAAUGAACAGGAAAUGACCGCUGUCGAAGAUGGCCCCAAGGAGGAUGAAUUCCGCUCAGAGGCAACGUUCUCGUUUACGGUGCCAAAUAUCCUCCAACAAAAGUCACAAAUAUUAUCACCGCCCGAAUAUGUGCGCAUGUUGCCCUGGAGAAUUAUGGUAAUACCGAAUGACCGAGCCUUGGGUUUCUUCCUCCAGUGUAAUGGUGAAAAUGAGUCGUCGUCAUGGUCAUGUAAUGCCAUCGCCGAGUUGAGACUUAAAAGUCAUAAGCCUGGCGCAAAACCAUUUUCACGCAUGCGUAUCAAGCAUUUGUUCUUUGCCAAGGAGAACGACUAUGGCUAUUCGAACUUUAUUACAUGGCAGGAGCUUCAGGAUCCCGACAAUUUCUAUAUUCAUAAUGGCGCCAUUACUUUAGAAGUAUUUGUUCAUGCUGAUGCGCCACAUGGUGUUUUCUGGGACUCGAAGAAACACACUGGUUGUGUUGGCCUUAAAAAUCAGGGUGCCACCUGUUACAUGAACUCUCUGCUGCAGACUCUCUACUUCACCAAUCAGUUGCGACGGGCCGUCUACAAAAUUCCCACAGAAGCGGAUGACAGCACCAAAUCAGUGGGCCUUUCGUUGCAACGUGUCUUUCACGAGCUGCAAUUCAGCGACAAACCGGUAGGCACCAAAAAACUUACCAAAUCGUUCGGUUGGGAAACCUUAGAUUCGUUUAUGCAACACGAUGUUCAAGAAUUCCUGCGUGUUCUCUUGGAUAAGCUGGAGUCGAAAAUGAAAGGCACUAAUUUGGAGGGUACAAUUCCCGGUUUGUUUGAGGGUAAAAUGUCAUCGUACAUUAAGUGUAAAAAUGUCGACUAUAAUAGCACCCGCUACGAGACAUUCUAUGACAUUCAAUUGAAUAUUAAAGACAAAACCGAUAUUUAUGCAUCAUUUCAAGAUUACAUAACACCCGAAACAUUGGACGGUGAUAAUAAAUACGAUGCCGGAGUUCAUGGUUUGCAGGAAGCCCAAAAAGGUGUUCAAUUCACUUCAUUCCCGCCUGUAUUACAUUUGCAUUUAAUGCGUUUCCAAUAUGAUCCAGUCACUGAUAGCUCUAUAAAAUAUAACGAUCGCUUCCAGUUUUACGAAGAAAUUAAUCUUGAUCGAUUCUUGGAGAAGGAAGGCGAAACCAAAGCUGAAUAUAUUUUACACGCUGUCCUAGUACACUCGGGCGACAAUCACGGUGGUCAUUAUGUGGUCUAUAUCAAUCCCAAAUGCGACGGCAAAUGGCUAAAGUUCGAUGACGAUGUGGUCUGUACAUGCCUGAAGAACGAGGCGAUUGAUUUGAAUUAUGGUGGCGUGGAUGAGGAAAUAUCGUUCCAUCCAAAGUGCAGUAAUGCCUACAUGUUGGUGUACAUUCGAAAGUCGGAAAUCGAACGUGUCCUCAGCGAUAUACCCGAACAUGAGAUACCCAGUGAGCUAGUCGAACGUUUGGACUUGGAGAAACGCAUUGAAAUGGCCAAACGCAAGGAGCGCAGCGAGGCAAACUUGUAUGUGUCCAUACAUGUAAUUCUAGAGGAGUACUUUGAGGCCCAACAAAAGCGACGUCUAUUCGAUCUGGAUAAGGUACACCAGAGAUUGUUCAAAAUGAAGCAGACCCAAACAAUUGACGAUAUGAUGGAUCAAUUUGUCAAAUCCUUCUGUGUACCUAAGGAACGCAUGCGUGUCUGGAUUAUGUAUGCCACCCAGACACAGAAGUUCCUGUACUUUGAUUUCCAUCGGGAGGGCGGUCGUUCCAUCGACCAAAUAACAAGUUCACAAAAACCAUGGGUUAUAUUCCUUGAGUUGGCGCCACCCGAUAAAAUUGGUCGUGCACUGCCCCCCUUCGAUCCCAAGAUAGAGGUCUUGAUCUUCUACAAGUAUUACGAUGCACGCAACAAACGACUCAAUUACAUUGGAUGUGCUCAGCAGCCAUUGGGUAUGUGUUUGGCGGAAUUGGUGCCCGAUAUUAAUGCUCGUUUGGGCUUUGACGCCGACACCGAACUGAGCGUUUUCGACGAAUGCAAUGACCGUAAAAUAACGAAUUUGAAUGAUUCUUUGGAGAAUAUAUUGUCGCUCAAUCCGGAUAAUGCGGAUCGUGGCAGUCUUCAGGGUUACAUAUUGAUAUUUGAAAAGGAACAUAUUGAUCCAAAGCUUGAAUUGCCGACCGUUAUAGAUUACUUUAGCGACUUGGUGUAUCGUGUUGAAAUCACAUUCUGUGAUAAAAGUAAUCCCAAUGAACCGGAAAUUGUAUUGGAAUUAUCAAAUCGUUAUAACUAUGAUCAAAUGGCCCAAGCAGUUGCCGAACGAUUAAAUACGGAUCCGAAUAAGUUGCAGUUCUUUACUUGUACUGGUAGUUACAAGGAUCAACCGGGUACGGCUAUUCAGUAUAACCAAAAGGGUUGUCUCAAAGAUCUAUUAGCAUUGGCAUCAUCCAAGCAAAGCAAUCCAAAAAAGCUUUUCUAUCAAAGACUGUCACUGAGCAUCCACGAACUUGACAAUAAGAAGCAAUUCAAAUGCAUUUGGGUUUCAAAUGACCUCAAGGAAGAAAAAGAAUUGGUAUUGUAUCCCAAUAAAAAUGACACAGUUCGAGGUUUGUUAGAUGAAGCGGCUAAAAAGAUACAAUUCUCCGAGAAUAGUUCGAAGAAGUUGCGUUUGCUUAAGGUGAACAAUCAUAAAAUCGUAAUGGUUUUCAAAGAGGACACGCCCCUCGAAUCUCUGCAAAAGGCCACUGAACCCAUAACACCUCAGAGUACUCAAAAGACGUUCCGUAUCGAAGAAGUGCCUCUUGAAGAUUUACAACUUGCUGAAAAUGAAAUGCUCAUACCAGUUGCCCACUAUAGCAAGGAUGUCUUCAGCGUUUUCGGUGUGCCAUUCCUAAUUAAGGCGCGGCAAGGCGAACCCUAUGGCGCUCUCAAGCAGCGCAUACAGAAACGUUUGAAUGUGCCCGACAAGGAAUGGGAGAAUUAUAAGUUUGCCAUUAUCGGUGGCAGUACACCCGAUGUCAAUGACAAUACGCCCGUUGAUUUGGCUGUGUAUCGAACAUUGAGUGCCAAUGCGCCAUUCUUUGGCCUGGAUCACAUUAACAAGUCUCGUAAACGAACAUCGUUGAACUUUUCCGAAAAGGCCAUUAAGAUUUAUAAUUAAAAAAACAAUUACAAAAUAGUAACACAAAUACACUUAGAGAUCACAUAUACAAAUAUACACACACACGUACACACACACCCACAUACACUAUUAUUAUAAAAAUAAAAGCAAAGUAAUGUGUGAAAAAGAUAAGAAAAUAGAAGAAAA